AUGGUAAGAUCAUCGGUAUAUGGGGUCGCCGCCCUGGCGAUCUUGGUGAAAGCCCAGUCGCCGGUGACACCGACACCAUUCCUCACGACGACGACGACGACGACGACGCCUAAUGGUGGCUCAACUACGACACUUAAUGUUAGGUCAGAAGCAACCGCAACCUCAAUGGGUAAUGCCUCGGCCACGGCAGCGGAGACACACACCAUUGCUGUUGGUGUAUCCGGGUUUUCAUUUACACCUUCAAAGGUCGACGCCAACGUUGGCGAUACCAUCGAGUGGCUAUUCUAUCCCGACGGCCACUCCGUCAUACGCUCAGAGUUCGGUUUCCCCUGUACGCCGUACGAGUAUGUGGAUAUUGGCCGCCAAGGCUUUUACAGCGGCAACACAUCGGUCAAGGCCAUUACGAACGAUAUGCCACGGUUCAGGGUGCUUGUCAACGACACCAAUCCGAUUUUCUUUUACUGCGGUGCCCCUGGGUCGUGUUAUAAGGAGAAGAUGAUUGGGGUAAUCAACGAAAAUUCGACCCAGACACUGGCCAAACAGCUUGAGGCGGCACUCACUUUGACAACGCAAAUCAUCCCCGGCGAGCCUUUCCCGAUAGAAUCAGAUGGCCCCAACCCGACCAGCAGCUCCGGCAGCGCCAACGGCAACAGCUCCGCCAUCACCUACCACCCGGGCCUGAGCGGCGGCCAAAUCGUCGGCGUCGCGAUCGGCUCCUUGGCCUUCCUGCUCCUCGGCGGCUUUCUGGUGUACAUGUGCGGCCGGCAGAGCGCGAUCGACCGCGCCUAUCGACGAGCCUCGAACAGGCAAGAAGCACCUUCUAAUCCUCCGCAGCCGGACAUACCGGAGCCGCCCGUCGCUGAAAUCAACGAGCCCGCACGUUCAAAGACCCCUACUUUUCCGGACUGGAGAGGCAGCCACUACACCUCGUUCAGCGGCGGCCCGUACCGCGACACCGCAGGAGUCUCCGAAAUGACGAGCCCUCGGCUGAGAGGGUUUUCGCAUCCCACGGAAGGCAUGCAGACAUACUUCGACUCUCGCAUAUCCUCCAUAGCUCCAAGCUCCAUUGUCGAGGCCCCGAACAACCAGGCCACGUCGCCACCCGUUCUAGCGCCUGUCUCCGGUUCCAGAGCGGGGCCGGUCGAGCUUCCGACGUACGGGGACCCGGAACACUCUCCAUAUCCGCAGCUCGGAUGGCGGUUCUCGUUUGCCGGGCAGGAUAGCGAAUACAGGCUGUCCAAGGAGGGGUAG